CCUACAUGCAUACCUAUUUCGAAAACAGUGUCGGGCCGUUUGAUUUUUGCGCACGUGCUCUGUGAAAUAUUUUUCGAGCUUGACGACCCGCGUCUUUUUUAGAAUAAUUUCGAUUAACAUUCGCGUAAAUCGUAAUUUUCUACACAGUAAAUGAACGAAGAGUUUCUCUGUCGAGAGAUCGUCCAGAUUGAUAUCCUUUUAUUUCCUGAUGACAAAAAGAAUUUUUGAACGUUGUGCCGUUGAACCUGUUUCUGUACAAUGUUUAUAAAUAUUGCAAACGUUUGUUAAAGACCGCGACAUUGUAGUAUUCAAGCGCAAAAAAAUAAGUGACAGGAUAUUUAUUACGCUUGAGAAUAUGUAAAUUCUAAAGUGAAGGAAGAAGAUUACUUUACAUAUGAAGAAAUAUGUAAGAACAGUUAGUGUAAACAUCGAGAAAAGAGCAGAAUUAAUCAAGGUUAACCAAUAACGCAUGCACAGAGUGUAUUUUCUGGAAAGUUUGGCAUUUGAAAUUAACAAAAAUGACAGGUUAUACAGAUGAUAGCACCUAUAUUAUGCGUGGUUGCAUGUUAUGCCUAAGGCUAAGAAGAAAUCUUACCUCAAAAAGGUAAGAGAAAUGCGUGAAUAUAGACGGCAAAAGUUGAGAGAAGAAACGUUCGAGGAACGCGCCAUUAGAUUAUAUACUGCUGCUGAGAGAAUGAAGAACGCUAGAGCAAAAGAGACAGAAGAGCAGGCAGCAAUAAGAAGAAUGCAGGAAGCUCAACGUAUGGCCAGGCAUCGUGCUAAAAAGAAGCGUUGCUUAGAUGAAAAUUUAGCAAGGGAAAUUUCAAAGAUUGCUGAACUGUCUAAAAUGCCAGAUGCAGCUACGAUAGCUCAAAUGUCAGAGAUGAAUAUGAACAAGAUUUCAGCUGAAUUGAAACAGAUGAUGGAAAGGGGAAAAGUACCAGAACACAUAGUUCAAAUGGCUCAACUUGCCGAAUUCAGCAAAAUGACUGAAUUGAAUAAAAUGUCUCAGGAUAUGGCUAAGAGAUACGAGAUGGAAAAGAUGGCAGAAUAUGCCAAAACAACAGAGUACAUGAAAAUGCAAGAGAUUGCAAAAAUGUCGGAAAUUGCCAAGAUGAACGAAAUGGUGAAGCUCUCAGAAAUCGCCAAAUAUAAUGAUAUCACGAAAAUUAACGAAAUUGCGAAGAUGAACGAAAUGAUGAAAAUGUCGCAAAUGGUAAAAAUUAAUGAAGUUCAAAGAAUGAACGAAAUAGCCAAACUCAACGAAAUGGUAAAAAUGACGGAAAUGGCGAAGUAUAAUAAUGAUAUAACAAAAUUAACUGAAAUUGCGCAAAUUAAUGAGAUGGCUAAAGAAAUUGCAAAGAUUAAUGAAAAGACGAAAAUGAACGAGAUGAUCAAAAUGGCAAAUAUGCAAAAUGACAUUACAAAAAUGCCUGAAUAUUCGAAAAUGGCAGAGAUGGCCAAAUUAACAGAAUUGGCUAAAUUAAAUGAAAUAACAAUAACGAAACUAAAUGACCCACCACCACCACCAAAAGUACCAGAAAUUCCACGAAUCCCUGAACCUGUGAUCACUGUGCCAAAUCCAAGAAAUUUGCAAAACGUUCAAACUGUUCAAGUAGCACAGGCUAGCCCGUCUAGUACAAUAAACUUCCCUACUGUGCCUGGUCAGGGUAAAUAUGCUCAGUUACUGGUUAUUAUCGAGGAGCUUGGUAGAGACAUUCGUCUUUCUUAUGCUGGAAGUCGUAGCGCAGCUGAACGACUGAAGAUGGGAAUUCAGCAUGCUAGAAUUCUCGUAAGAGAAUGUCUGUUGGAAACGGAACACAACGCACGGCAAUGAUCUGUCGAUAUACUUAGCGAUUAGAUUUUUAGUCGAUUAUUUUACAAAAAGUAAUACUAUGUACCAUUGUAUGAAGUACAGCAGUAUAUUUUAAAGGGAGUGUCUUAGCAUCCACAAAAAUGUGCAUAUACACAAUAUAUAACAAUUAUUAUUUCAUAUUUUAUACGAUUUUACUAGUUUCUAUGUUUAAUAAGAAGAAAGUGGAAGCAGCUAAUUAUUUUAAACAAUGGGAAAGUUGAGAAAGUAAUAGCUGUACAACUUAAUAUCACUUUCAAUAACUAAUAAAAUGACUUAAAAUAUGCACUUUUGUGGAUGCCUAAAGAAAAUUAAUCAAUCAAUAGCGCAUAAUAUGGGAUAUAAAUUAAACGCGAUAAAAGAAAUUUGUUCUUUGUUUUAGUUGAUUAUUUUUUAUUAAGAAGAAUGUAAAAAUGACCAUUUUCUACAUAAAUUAUAAAGGAAUUAUUAUUCCUUCCUAUUAAGUUUUCGAAUAGAUUAGAAAAUUUAAUAUUAGGCAGGAUUGUGAAGACAGGCACUGUGAAGAGCCUUCAUUUAUAUUUUCUAAGAAAAGUUUAUUAUUGCAUUUUUUGGUUAAAACUGGGUAACUAGACCUACAGUAUACACACAAGGGAAAAAAAUUGAUCAAACAAAAUGUACCUAUGGAAAGUAUAAUCCUUGAAUAUUAUUGACUACAAGGUAUAACUAAAUAAAAAAAAACAGUUUUGUACAA